AUGGCCGAUGCUGAAUCAGAAAGACAGACAAGCAUCUAUUCACCACCAUUUUAUUCGUCACCAACCGGCUGCAAAAUGCGAAUUCGACUUUAUUUACAAGGCGAUGGAAAUGCUCGACGAACACAUAUGUCUCUCUUCUUCCUGAUAAUGCGCGGUGAAUACGAUGCUAUUCUUAAAUGGCCAUUUAAUUUUAAGGUGACAUUUUGUUUAUUUGAUCAAUCAGGACAACAAAGACACGUUAUUGAUUCGUUUCGCCCCGAUACAAAAUCGAAUAGUUUUCAGCGCCCUCGUAGUGAAAUGAACAUUGCUAGCGGUAUACCAAAAUUUUUUCCAUUACCAAUGAUCUUGCAACAUGAUAAUAAUUAUGUCAAAGAUGAUACCAUGUACAUUAAAUGCCUGAUUGAUUUUGGCGACAUAUCGAAGAUAAUUCUUCCCUACGCUCUCAGUUUAAAUCCUGCAUUACCUCAUCAGGUUCAGCGAAAUAUGAUUCAAGCAGAAACCGAGCGACGAGUCCAGCUUCAACAACAAUCGACACCUGCUACCAUCACAACUAUUAAUAGCACUAACAAUAACUUUUGA